UAUCUGUCAGCUACACAAGGCCUAUCCAAAAUGAAGCGAAAUCAUAUUCACCUUGCCCAAGGCAUUCCGGGAGAUAAUGUCAUGAGUGGGAUGCGCAACUCCUUGCAAAUUGUGAUUUUUGUUGAUCUGCAGAAAGCCCUUCAAGUUGAUGCUGGUGUUCUGUUCUACUUGUCCACCAAUGGCGUCCUGACAGGGGGAAAUGAAGGGUUCCUGUCACCAACAUAUUUUCAGCGGGUGGAGUUUGCCAUUCAGUCCUUACUAUCAGUCCAAGAUCUUCAAGCUGCACAGUCAGAUCCAAGUACAAGCGCAUCUAUAUAG